AUGGAAGAGGAGGCUCCUUGGAGUGUCAUUCUGCCCCUCAGGGGCUUUGUCUCUAAUAGAUUGCAUGAGGGUGUCUUCACAGUGUGCAGAAAGCCCAAGAUGGUUGGGAAGGUAUUUGGUGGUCAAGACACAUUGGCUGGCCAGUGGCCAUGGCAAGCCAGCCUGCAGUACCAUGGCAGGCACCUCUGUGGAGCUGACCUCAUCGACUCCCACUGGCUGGUUUCCACAGCCCACUGCUUCCAAAACAAUUCCCAGGCCCUAGAGAACUAUCAGGUUCUGUUGGGGAAUCAGCUGUACCAGCAAACCCAGCACACCCAGAUGUCUGUGAACCGGAUCAUCAACCACCCAGAAUUUGAGAAGUGUCAUCCCUUCAGGAGUGACAUUGCAAUGCUGCAGCUGCACCUGCCAGUGAACUUCACAUCCUAUGUGAUCUCCGCUUACCUCCCACUCAAAGACACACAGAUACCCAACCACACAUCCUGUUGGAUAACUGGCUGGGCAAUGCUCUCUGAGGACAGUAAGGGCAAGAGAAGUGGGACAGGGAGUGGCAGCAGGGAGAGAAGGGAGAAAAGAAGUGCAUGA